CACCUAUCUAAUAUCCACCUAUCUCUCUCUUUCCUCACUCCUCUCCCUGUUGGGAAGCCUUCACUCUACUCAUCCCCCUUGAAAAAACUUUUUGAAACUUUCUCUUUUUCACGGGCAAUCGCUGAACUAGAGAGAGCCAAUGUUUCUGGUUUCUACCCUCAUCCAAAGGAAAGAUUCUCCGCAUUGCCCUUUAGGAAUCCCUUAAAGUUUCUUUCCCAUUCUAUCUGAAGACGACCCAUUUCGACUGGCGGUGCUUGAAGUUUCGCGCUUCUCUCUCUCUGCCAUUUGAUAUUUAGGGUUUCCAUGGCUCCUGGCUUGUCUUCAAGUUCUUUCCUUUUAUGGCCCCCCUUUUCCAGUGCUGGGUUUGUUGGAACUGAUUGAGUGAGGGGUCAUGUUUCUUUGGUUACUGCUGGCCUGAGAUUUUGUUUCUUUGGUUUAUAAAAGAGGGAUACAUUGUUGUCAAAAAGGGGGAUUAUUUAUUGCCUUGUGUUUAGCACUUUUGUGACAGUAGCUGCUUUUUGGAAGCUUAUUGGCGAAGCAAUUUGCCUUUGAAUGAACGUGAUUGUAUUUAGUUCUCUCGUGGACUGAAUACUAGUCUGUUUUGAUCCCAUUUCUUUAUGCAUUUGGAGCUCUUCUUCUGGAGAAUCCCGUGAUUGGCUACAAGUGCUGGUUAAUUUAUUAAUUUAUUUUGUAUUUUUCCCCAGUGCAGAACUUGGGCAGAUCAAGGUUCCCUCCAAUUUUAAUUUUAUUUUCUUUUAUGGGUAGCAUUGGUGAUUUAGCGUCACAAUGGCUGAGAUAUAUGUGUUGUCGGAUUCAUGGUGAUCGGUAUCCAUAACAUCUCUUUGAGACGAGGUUUAACUACCAGUCAUAGACAGUGCCUUCUAGUUUCUGGGUCUAUGAGAAGGUUUUGGUGAUGGAGGAUAUAGGGUUGUUCAAACAAGGUUGGCAAUGGCUUCGAUCGCAGAAGGAUGCUUACUGGCGCGCCCGAACUGCAGUGAGUUGUUAUAGGGACAAAACUGCCAUGUUCAUCGAGCAACAUUGGCCGUUAGUAUGCAGUGCAUGCUUCAGAUUGGGGAGUAUUCUUCGCCUAUCGUUGCUUUAUUGGAAAGACUGUUUUGUAAGGGGUUUUCAGUCGUUCCUCAAGUUGGGUCCAGCCAUUCUUCUCCUCAUAAUGUGGUGUUGUCUUCUUAGUUUGACCUCGAUGCAUUGCUUGAUUUAUGUACUUAUUAGCAUGGGUGUUGCUGGAGCUGCUGUCCAGUAUUUGGGUUAUACUCCUGGAGUCUUCAUUGUAGGGCUUUUUGCUAUCCUUAUCUUGUGGAUGUAUGCUAACUUCUGGAUAACGGGAUCAUUGCUUAUUGUUGGAGGUUAUUUAUUCUCCCUAAAUCAUGCACGCUUGGUGGUACUAAUGGCAACUGUGUAUGCUUUAUAUUGUGUCAAAGUUCGAGUGGGAUGGCUCGGUGUUUUUCUCUGUGUAAACCUUGCAUUCUUGUCCAAUGACAUUUUGAAUUUCCUGCUUCAAUGGUUUGAUAAUGUGAGUGAAAGCAGCUCACAUUCUGAGGAUCAGAAACAAUCAGAAACAGUUCUGGGAGAUGACUUUACUGAAGAAUGUGAAUAUUCUAUUCCUACUGCUGAAUCUGAAAAUUCGCAUUCUUGUAAAUCAUCCAGCAAACCGGCUGUUACCACUUCAGUUGUUGAAAAUCAGAAAGCGUUUCCUGCUAGCAAAGUGGUGAAAGUACAAGCAGAUUCUGUUGAUGAAAUGAGAAGAAUAUUGAAUAGUCUGGAUCAUUAUGACGCGCUUGGAUUUCCCCGUCACAAGAAAGUUGAUGCAGCAAUUUUGAAAAAGGAAUACCGGAAAAAGGCAAUGCUUGUUCAUCCUGAUAAGAAUAUGGGCAGUCCACUGGCAAGUGAGUCAUUUAAGAAGCUUCAAUGCGCAUAUGAGGUUCUUUCUGAUACCGCAAGGAAGAGAGACUAUGAUGAACAAUUGAGGAAAGAGGAAUUCAGGGCUAAAAGUGUCUGCCAGAAAUCCUAUGGUGCUUCACGUCAGGACAAUUCUGAUUAUCGCUCUGAAGAAUCCAGGCAUAUACAGUGCACCAAGUGUGGCAAUUCACAUAUAUGGGUAUGCACUAAUAGAAUUAAGUCGAAGGCAAGAUGGUGUCAGGACUGCCGUCAGUAUCAUCAAGCCAAGGACGGAGAUGGAUGGGUUGAGUACAAAGGUUCUCUGGCUUUUGAGAGGGCUCAAAAGAUGGAGAUUCCACGUGCUUUUGUUUGUGCUGAGAGCAAGAUCUUUGAUGUGUCAGAAUGGGCCAUUUGUCAGGGAAUGGCUUGUAGGCCGAAUACCCAUCGACCGAGCUUCCAUGUGAACAUGGUUGGCCUGGAGAAAAGCCCGCGAUGUAACUCCAGCCGAUAUCCGUGGGAUUUGGAUGCUGAAAUGAUGCUUGACGAAGAUGAAGAGUUUGAGCUGUGGUUUCAGCAGGCUCUUGCCUCUGGCCUCUUCUGUGAGACCUCCAAACGCCGGAAGAGCUGGAGUCCAUUCAAAUUGCAUCAGAAGAAAGCGAAGAAGCAGUGGCGAAGAACAUCAUGCUGAAAUCCCUUGAUGCGAUAAUUGUUUAGUUUAUUGGCCAUCUCCUGGGGAAUGAUGAAGCAAACAUCUUGUGGAAUCAAGAGAUGGGUUUCAUGAUGAUGACGAGCUUGCAAAUUUAAUCAACGUUGCUGAGAGGGGUGGUAAGGUUAAAUGCUUCAUAGUUGAGACCAGAAGAUCUAACCAUUUCCCAAAUCCCUGUAAUGCAAGGCAUUCAAAUACGGAAAGCCUCUUUGCGUCCUUAGGUUCAGAAUACCAAAAAUCAUAAGCUAGUUUUGUGGGGACUACUUUGGUCCUUUGUAUAUUACUUGCUAAGUUGCUAAUAAAAAUUUCUCACUUGCCUUC